AAACCGUUGAAUGAAGAUUUGUAUCAGCGUUGGUAUCAGUCAAACGUGCGGUCGGUGCAGACGAAGAACAAAAACUUGUUGGCAGCUUAGUAAAAAUGUUGUGUGCUAAAGUGAAAGCCGCUCUUUCAACUGAAACGAUUUUCGUGAAAGAAACUGUCUUGUCUUAUAUUGAAUGUCUUAUGCCAAAAUAUAGAUCGCGCAAGACGUUAGUUUUAUACCGACAGUCACCAGUUUCUGACAAUUUGCAGGAAAAAUCAAUCAAACUAGAUGUUUCAGAGACAAGUAUACUGGACGUCACUGGAUCACCGCUGGUGUGUGAGCUCGGAUAUUCCUGUGUCGAUGAGACCAUCAUUGAUGAUCACAGAAAUUGGAAAAAAGAGGAGGAGCUUCAUUUACCACUGACAAAAUCAGAAGCAUGUGCUACAUUAAAUCGUUGUCUGGAGUAUGUAUCAGAUAGUAAAUGGUCAGAGCCAUUGUUAGCAUUGUGUGAUGGAACGGAUAAUAGAAGAACCAUUGUCUUGGGAACCUAUGUUGAGGAUGGGUGGUAUACGACUAUGCAAGUACUUGUUGCCGAUGCUGAAUCCUUACAAAAUAUUGAAGCGCUGCCAGCUGCUCUGCUCAGACAAUAUUGUGAUGUCUAUUCACUACCCGAGCACAAGGUAUCAGUUACUGUGAGUGGUACGUAUGAACUAUAUGGAAAGAGACCAGGUAUUAUGGAUGUAUCAGGUGCCCUCGAAGGACGUUUCAAUGGUAGCUUAAACAUUGAAGUAAAUUGGAAUACUCUAUUAUUCCGUUGUCCUAUUAGGGCCUCAACAUCUACAUUGAUCAUAGAGAUGUUUGCUGAAUGGAGUAGCGGUCAUUUACAAAAUCUUUGGAAAGAGUUGACUUUGUUAUACGAAUAUUUGAACAAGUUGCAUGGGAACAGCAAGAAAAGUGCACGCUUGUUUGUUUACCCGAACCACAUUCCCUCGGAUGACGUCAUUAGAAAACUGAAUUUAUUACUGGAUGGAGAUAACGAAAGUUAUAAACCUUUUAAAGAAGGUAACGAAGACAACCACAGACACGUGACAGAUGAUAUCAAAUUGCAAACACAUGUCGACCAAGUCCAGUUCAGGCCAAACAUGGAUUUCUCGGACGAUUUGUGGCAAUUAUUGACAAACUGCUCCGACUACAACCAGACAAGAAACUACAUUUUAAUGGUUUUACAGGAAAUUCAGUCACGCAACACAAAGCCUCAGAUUAUUUUGACAAAUUCAACAAGGAUCAACAAAAUUGCAUCACAAAUACUUUACGAAAAAGGGACUGUACCAAUAGUAGAUGAUGAAUUGAUUUUACAACUUCUGAUUGAUGCAGGUUUAGAAAAGUUGAGCCGAGAUUAUAUGUACAUACUGAUGAGUGCGAAUCUAAUCGACCUUUAUGAAGUUCGUCAAAUAUUGUGCAAUGUUCAAACAGAGGUCUUCAAGAUCGAAAGCUAUCAGAAAAACUUGAUGUUAUUGUCACAAAUCCACCGAUGCUUGCAAUUUACUUUAUUCGCUCAAAACCAUUUGAACUGUUCUGCAGAAAGUCUCAAGAAAAUUUUCACACAUGCUUUUCGCGAAUUCGGAUGCAAUGGUUCUGACAUGGGAUCAGUAUUUGAUUUGCACCGAAAUUCUAUACAACGCUUAGAAGUUCCAUUACCUACUAUAGCUAUGGAACAAUUGGUCCAAGGAUUACCUUCGUCUUGGUGUUUGACUCUGUCAUCGGAAUCAACCAUCUCAAAAAUAUGUGAGACGUCAUAUUUGAGCCGUGCAUCGAUUUUACCAACAAAUAUUUACUCUUUAGAUGAAUCCUACACAAAAGAGGUGUAUUAUUCUCUUAAAGUUCAGUCGUCGUCUACUAAAAUUGCGUGUUAGAAUGUUGCUAGAAAAAUAAGAUAAAUAAAUAUUUUGUGCAUAAAA